GUACGCUCAAAACGGUCACGUCGAUCGGACGUGUUGUAAGAAUGAAACGAAUUUUUAAAAUCGUUACGUUUGUGACAUUAACAUGUAUCGUCUUUGGACAAGAAGAUUACUGCAUUACGCCGACUGGAGUCGACGGCAAGUGCGUACUACUGGCGGACUGCGAUAAACUUAGAAAUUUAAUAAAGGGUACCACUUUGGAUCGAGAGAUUCUUAAGCAAUGGCAUUGCGGCUUUAUUAGAGAGAAUCCUAUGGUUUGCUGCCCAGUUAAAACAUCUACCACUACCACAACAACAACAGCUGCGACAGUAACAAUACCACCUGAAAAGAGAUGCGUUACUUUGGAAGGGACAUAUGGUACUUGUGUCAGCUUAGACUCUUGCCCAAAAGUUGCCAAAAGAUUAAAAGAAGCUUCAGAAGAGGACUUGGAAUAUGUACAGAGAUCCAGGUGUAUAGGAUCAGCUAUGUACAGCGUGUGUUGUGAUACUCCGACCGACGGUAACCACCGGUUAACUACAAAGAAACCAGUAACAGGAUUAGACAGAUUUUCUACCAACAACAUGUGUACACCAAAACCAGGUCUACCAGAUCCUAAUAAGGAUUGUUGUGGGGUAGACAGUGCGAGCGGCAAUAAAAUUAUAUAUGGUGUACCAACUUCAAUAGAUCAGUAUCCGUGGUUAGCAUUGAUUGAGUAUACGAGAGAUUAUCUAUGUGGAGGAACCCUUAUCAGUAGUGAAUAUGUACUUACGGCAGCUCACUGCCUUAUAACAACAGCCAAAAAAUCAAGAGGAGCGAAAUCCGUUCGUCUUGGUGAAUACAAUACGACAAACAAUGGACCAGACUGCGUUGAAGUGGAAGGAGAUGGUUUAGAUUGUACCUCGGGAGCCAUUUCAAUACCAAUAGCGGAGACCAUCAUUCACCCCCAAUACAACACAGAUAAGAUUGUUAUACAGGCAAAUGAUAUUGCAUUGAUCAAGCUGGAAAAAUUGGCUCCUUACGACGAUUUUGUACGACCUAUAUGCUUGCCAACAUUCGACAUUACCUUGUCUACGCCAGAAAGAGAUAUGCGUUACUUCGUAGCUGGAUGGGGAGCUGUAGACGAAACUCAUACGAGGAGCGAUAUUAAACUUCAUUCGGAUUUGAUCUUCGUAGAUCAGACGAGUUGUCGAGAACUAUACAGCCGUAAAGGAGUUUCGCUGGUGUGGGACAAGCAGAUGUGCGCAGGAGGCGAAUUGAAUAAGGACUCGUGCAAAGGAGAUUCCGGCGGACCCCUGAUGUAUCAAGAUGAAAAGAAAUUCGAGCUCACUGGCGUCAUUAGUUUUGGUAUAUUGCAGUGCGGCAACCAGGGCAAGCCUAGCAUCUAUACAAAGGUUUACGAUUACAUACCAUGGAUCAAAAGUGUAGUCGAACCUUAAGUCAAUUCUUAUACAAAGGCAUUUCACAAUGCCCUUUACUCUUCUAAUGCUUGAUGGUCAAAUCAAGUUUUAUCUGACUUCAUCUCUUUACCAAUAAUUAAAUAAAAAUCAUCAAAAACUAUGAAGAUAAUGAAUACAUGGUUUUUGACUCAACAAUUUGACAUAUUUACGUCUAAAGUCCGUCUACAAUCAUACGUCUACGUCAAAGAGUUCUAGCAAAAUAACUUUAUACUGCCCAAAAAUGUUGUUUUUGUCUAUUACUAAGUAUAUUUAAAGCAAAUCUAUGAAAAGCCCAUAAACAAAUUAAUGCAAUAUGUGGAUCAGUCUUUAAAAAAUAUUUCGCCUGACUUUUUCGUCUACUGAAUUAUUUUUAUUACAAAGGCCAUAUAACUUAUUGUUUCUCAAAUGGCAAAAGUUAUUUCGAAGUUUUACUUCGGAAGUAAUGACCAAACAAUAACAUAUAUCGCAAAGUGACAAAGUAUAAUACAUAAUAAGGGUAUUUGGCACAAUUUAAAUAAUACCUCAGGAGAAUGUUAACAAAUUAUACUUGUGACAGGCAACGUUACCUUACUUAGUUAAACAUUUUUGUUUAGUUUAUCCACUGAGUCCAAAUAUAGUUGGCAUUUCUAGGUUAUAAAAAAUAUAAUAUAAGGGGUACUAUUUUAUAUUUUAGUAAUAUUUGUGAAUGCAUUAACUGAAAUGCUUCUUUAAAAGCCUUUCCUCAAGAUAUUUACAGUAUUUUUUCUAUGUAAGUAUUCAUUUAUCUGAUGAUCAAAAAUUUAGGCUUAUUUUUGGUAUUACACCAGUUUUUAAUUAACGACAUUCUUUAUUAUAUCGAAUCAUUACGAUAUUACUAGUUUUUGCGCGGGCUUCGCUCGCGUUUUAGGGAUUGGUCGUCCUUGGGGUUCAAGCUUGGUUCGUGAGUGGUUGAGCCAUGAAAAAGUAACAGACAGACAUAUAGACAGACAGAGUUACUUUCGCAUUUAUAAUAUUAGUAUAGAUUUAAAGAGCUGUACAUCCCAGAUUAUUUUCAGCACAUGCUCAAAACAUUGAACCAGUUUUAACAGGAUUACAAAUAUAAUACUAAUUGUUAAUAAAGUCAACGCAAAAAUACAUAAAGUUUAAUGUAUUUACUAUUUUUGUCUAACAAUUAUGGAAUAUCAACAUGAACUUAACAAGAGAACCAUUCUUCGGAACAAGAGUGGCAGCAGAUUCACGAACAAGUAAAUGUAAACCAGCAAGUGAUCACUGUCGACUAAUCUGAGCUGGAUGUUUGUCAAAUGUACAAAAUGUUUUUUUUUUUUUUAAAUACUAUGUUUCAUACGAUCUCGA